CUUGAGAUCAUGGGUCCAUUGGCGCAAAUAUAUAGCUAGCUAGCGACCAAUUUACUCAUAGGUAGGCAGGUGGCAAGAUCGAUCGAGCGAUGACGUCCGUGACCUCAGAUUUGCUGCAGUCGUGUUCGGAAACCAUGAUUUCAUUCGUCCACAACAUGACGGCUUCCUACGCCGACAAGAGCAACGAGUCCUCCGUGGUGUCCACCUCCGUCGUCAUGUUCAUCCUCGCCGCCGUCUUCUUCAACCUCAACCUCUUCAGCGGCGUCUCCGACGUCAGCGCCGUGCUCAACCCCACCGUCCGCAUCUUCCUCUCCAGCGCGCUCAACCUCUUCCUCCCCGUCAUGUCCUACCUCUUCUCCGAGGCCAAGCAAGCGCCGCUCGGAGUCGGCGACUCCACUACCACCACCAGAGACGCCCACUCCGAUGACCUCUCGCUGCUGGCGCGUGUCAUCCUCACAUGGAUGCUCCUCGUCGAGCUCCUCCGCAAGAAGGUGGAGGCCAUCCUCAUCACCACCGGCAUGCACGUCUACUCCAGCCUCAUCAGUCACGCCACCAGCGUCGCCUGGCUGGGCAACCUCGUCUUCUUCAACCUCCAGGCCGCCGGCAAGAAGGCGCUGUUCGGCGUCCUCUGGGUGCUCUGCGCGGCCAAGCUGGUGCAGCGCGUCGCCAUCACCGAGAUCGGGAAGCGCUCCUUCGCCCAUGGCAAGAACGCCCGCCUCAUCUCCUCCUACAUGGCGCAGCUGCCAAAGCUGCUCGAGGUGGAUGAGCAUGUCGCCGCCGACGGCAGCAGGAUGGAGCGGUGCAACUUCGCCGUGAUGGGGGAAGAGAACAUGGUGCUCAAGGCCGGACCACACGGCUACGAGCUCGACCUCGGCCUCGCCGCCGCCGUCGUCACCGUCGGGAAAAUCUGGCAGACCAAACAACACCCAAGGCUCAAGAGGCUCUGCCUCUCCUUCGCUCUCUUCAAGCUUCUGCGCCGCCGGUUCGAGAACCUGCCGCCGGCGACCAUGAAGGAGACCGACGAGUGCCGGGACCUCAUCUUGGACGGCAUGUGCAAGGAUGCUCAGGCCACCGGCGACGUCCCGGCGGAGGUGGCGCUGUUCCAGGUGCUCAACGACGAGGUGAACUUCCUGGCCGAGUACUACCACUCCGUCCUCCCCGUGGUGCUCGCGAGCCCCUACUUCUUCGUCGUCAACUACCUCUGCUUCCCCGUCGUCGUGUUCGGCCUCUGCGUCAUGACCAUCGUCCUCUGCGGCAAUGGCAACGUCUUGUACGCCUUCAAGAGCCUAACCAACGACAACUAUGCCGUCUCAUCCGGCAUACUCUCGCUGACGAAAUGCCUCUGGAAAAACGUCGUCAGGUCUCCGCUGGUGUUCUUCUCCAUCGUCGACGUCUCCAUCUGCUACCUCCUCUUCAUCGUCGUCGUCUACGAGGAGGUGUGGGAGUUCGUCGUCUUCCUCCUCUCCAACUGGUUCAUCGUCUCUCUGCUCUGCACCUUCUCCGCCAAGCCCCGCCGCCGCGAGAGCCCCACCUUCCGUGGCUCCGUCCGCUGCAUCCUCUGGCUCCGCCGAAACCUCAGCCACUACCCUAGCCUCAUCACCAUCAAGCAGUUCACCGUCCUGAGCACAUGCUGCCUGUCGCCGAGGUUGCCCACCGCCACGCUGCCCAGGCAUGCGAAGCUCGCCAUCCUAGAACGCUUCCGCGGCGGCGAUCCUCUCAGCAACGGCGGCGCCGUGCUGACGUCGAUGGGCGGUAGGCACCGGCGGUUCUCGCGGCUCUCGUGGGCGUGCCAGAGCGGAGCCGUCGCGGAGGUGAUCCUCACCUGGCACAUCGCCACCAGCCUCCUGGAGACGAAGCAGCAGCAGCAGCUUCCGACAAGUGCCAGCCGGAGCCGGAGGACGGCGGCGAGGCUGUCCAGAUACUGCGCCUACCUCGUCGCCUUCCGGCCGGAGCUGCUGCCGGACGACCGGGAAGGCACGGAGCGCAUCUACAAGGACCUGAAGAAGGGCAUCAAGGCGGCGCUCGGCGGCGCACGGGGAUACUACCUCUCGUCGGAGCGGAGCCGGCACGAGACGAUCCGUGCGCUCCGGGUGGACGCCUCCGCCGCCGCCGACAUGACGGUGCUCGAGAGGGGCGCCGUGCUGGGGAAGCAGCUGGUGGAGGACGACGAAGCCGGCGACGGCGCGGUGUGGGAGAUGCUGGCCGACGUGUGGGUUGAGCUCGUCGUGUACGUGUCGCCGUCGCGCGCGGAGGAGCACGCCAGGGGGCACGAGGCGGCGCUGGCGCAGGGCAGCGAACUCGUGACGCUGCUCUGGGUGCUCGCCACGCACACCGGCAUCGCCCGCCCGGACCACGACGGCGAAAUCGACCAGCCGGCGGCGCCGGCAUAGCGGAGCUCGCUUGCAUUGCGCGCAUUGGCGCGAACACCAAGUAAUUAAUGCGGUGUACUCGGAUGCUUACGUCUACGUGUGCCCUGUGGUUUGGACGACAUUGCUUUCCCGGCCAUGUCUUGUUCGGUUUAAUUUCCAUCUCAUGUGGAAUCUCUCUUUGUUAUUUGUGCUCUAUUAUAUUUCCUUUUGCAAUUGAUGUCAAACAUGUUAAUUAAUUUGUAUAUUUUGGCACUCCUAUAUGUUA